GCGAUUCGCGGCCCCCGCGCCAUUUUGUUUUUGCUUUACUUUAGAGCUUGGGGUUAUAUUGAAUGAAAGAAAUAUUAGUAUUUUUCUCAUAAAUGCUUUGUCUAGUGUGAUUUAACUGUGCAAAAAAAUGCAAUAUUAUUGAGUAUAGCAAGUGUGUGUAGUUAUAAACUUAGGAUAUUUGUAGGAACUUGGCGCAAACAUGAGUGUCAUCAUAAGACUACAGAACCUGCCUUGGUCGGCUAAUGCUCUUGACAUUAGGAAUUUCUUUCGAGGCCUCUCAAUCCCCGAGGGUGGGGUGCACAUCGUAGGCGGCGAGCUUGGAGAUGCGUUCAUUGCGUUCAGUACUGACGAAGACGCGCGCCAAGCUAUGAUGCUAGAUGGGGGGAAAAUCAAAGAGAUUCAAGUCAAGUUGCUCCUGAGCUCACGCUCGGAGAUGCACAAAGUCAUAGAGGCGGCACGGCAGAGUGUUCCCAUCCUGAGUCUGACCGCUCCCGCGCCCGCACCCGCUCCCGCCCCGGUCUCCGCGCCCGCGCCCGCUCCCGCGCCCGUGCUGCCCGCCAUACCCGCCGCUCCGCCCAUCUCUCCCUUCUCGGCGGCCCUGGGAAACAACCCACUCUCUGGUUUCGGAAUCCCCGGCAUCGGCAACCCGCAAGAAAUCCCCCAGCCCGCUGUCAUCGAACCGCCGGCGCCUCUCGGCAGUCCCCAGUCCAAAUCUCCCAUCGACGAAGAAAGGGAAGAGGACGUGGCGGAAAGAAAACGCAACAAAGAAAAAGAUAGGCGACGUUCGAGAUCCCGCUCUAGAUCCAGAGACAGAGACCGGAAAGAUAGAAAGAGAGACCGCAGAGAUAGAUCGCGGUCCAGAGAGAGAAGGCGGCGGGAUCGGAGUCGCAGUCGAGACAGACGCGAUCGCAAGCGGGACAGAAAAGAUCGCAGUCGGUCGCGCGACAGAUCGCCCCGUCGCUCGCGCGACAAACGCAUCGACUCCAAGUCGCUCCAGAGCUCGCAAGAGCGGUCUCUCGAUCCCACGGGAGGCGGCGCGGCGUCCGCGGCCCCGACGCCGCCCGCGCUGGCCGUGAACCCCAACGGGCCUCGCAUGCCGACGAUGCCCAACCAUGCCCCGCAAAAUGGACCCAUGGGACAAAUGGAACCGACGCAACCUCGCUUCAACGAUCCGACUCUAGCCGAAGCGUUCAACAAACUGCAAGAGCUCGGUAAGAAACGCAAUCCGAACGCUUUCCAGGGCGAACAACAAAACGGAAGCGGUUUCCGAGGAGGUCGCGGAGGGAGCGGCGGCGGCUCGCGCGGGGGCUUCCGGCGCGAAGGCCGACCGUCGAGGUUCGACGACCAGCCGCGAGAUUGCUGCGUCGCCGUGAGGAAUGCGCCGAACCACACGAGCUACGGCGACGUGCGGCGCUUCUUUCCCUUCAUGAUCGACAAGCACGGCAUCAAAAUGAUCAACGACGCCAUGGGCCGGCGGACGGGCAACAUUUUCGUCCGAUUUUGCGACCCACGCUCCAGGCAACUGGCGCUGCAGCGUAAAAUUAACGAGCUGAAGGGCGCGCAAGUGCUGGUGGAGGCGCUGGACGACGACAUGUACGACGCCGCCGUCGACUCGUUCCUGCCCUACCGCGACGACAACGACGACGAGGACCCGAGCCUCGUCAUCGCCGACGCGGAAGAGCCGGCGACGAAACCUUUCAAGAUGCUCAGACUGUCAGAACUGCCGAACUUCAUACAGGAACACGAUAUUAUCAAAGCGUUCACUGAAUUCUCUCUCCUGUCGAUCACGCUCGACGAUGACCGAACGACUCGCACUAAAACCGCUCUGGUCCAGUUCGUGAAGGCUGACGACGCUAAAUUAGCUUUCAAGAGAAAAGACAGCUAUCUUUUCGGAAGACGGCCGGCGGUGUUCACGCCGGUCACGGAGGAAGAUCUCAUAAGAGAAAAACAGAGUCUCGAUCAGAUUGAGCAGCCGGCCCUGAUAGAACGACCGCCCAAGGAGCAGAUCCCGGAGCCGACCAUGCCUCGCGACCCGCGCCAGCGCCGCCAGCAGCUGGACAACGGCCCGGCGCUGCAGGGCGGCCCCGCCUUGCAGGCGCCGGGACAGCCGCAAUUCUUUCAACCGGCGGCGCCCUUCGCUCAAAAUUUUGGAGCCCCGUUCCCUGGCGCUCAGUUCGCGGGGUACCCGGGCCCCGGCAACAUGGAGCCCCGGGCCGCCGCGGCCAACUGGGCCAACCGCAUGAACUUCCCCAAGCAACCGGACGCGGGGCUGAUACCGACGCCGAUGCAGGUUCCGAUGCAGGCCGCCUCCGCGAUGAACCAACAGAUCAUAACCGUCGACCUGGACGACGAGCCUCUCGACUGCGUGCUGAUGAAGGGCCUGCCGCGCGACGCCACCGACCGGACCAUCGUCAACUUCCUCGCCGACACGGGCGCGGUGCCGGCGCGCAUACACCUCAUGCUCGACAUGAACGGCCUGCCGUCCGGCGACUGCUUCUGCGAGUUCCGCUCCUCGCAGGAGGCGCGCCAGGCGGCCACCAAGCACGGCCACGCGCUCGACGGCUGCCGCGUCACCGUCGACCUCGUCAUGCGCAGCGUCGUCGAGGAAGCGCUGGAGGGGCCGAAGUCGAACGAGCAGAGCCACGAGGCGAUGUCCGGCAACGGGCCGCAGUUCAUGAACGCGUCUCGCGGAGGAUUCGCGCCUCGCGGCCAGUUCCGAGGCAGAGGGGGCUUCGAGAGGGGAGGUUUCGAUAGAGGCGGGUACGGGCGCGGCGGCUACGACUCCGGGCGCGGGCGGGGCGGGCGCGGCGGCUGGAACGAGCGCGGCGGGCGCGGGUUCGAGCGCGGGCGCGGGCGCGGGUUCGGGCGCGGACGCGGCGGCGGCUUCGGCGCGGACGGCGGGCGCGCGCGCGCCGACGACGACCCCGACUGCGCGCUGGAGGACUUCGGCGCGCCCGGCUGCGUCGUGUCCAUGGAGAACGUGCCGUUCCGCGCCACUGUCGACGACAUCCUCGGCUUCUUCGGCGACUUCGAGCUGAGCCAGGACGACGUGAUCCGCCGCUACAACGAGCGCGGCCAGCCCACGGGCGACGCGCGCGUGGCCUUCCGCACGCCCUUCGACGCGCAGCGCGCCGUCAAGACGCGCAACUUGGACCCCAUACACGACCGGCUCAUCACUCUCUCUAUUCUAUAGCACUGCAUCCGUGUCGACUCCUCGGAGUCCGAUUCGGAGGACGGUGUGUCGUGUGUAUAUAAAAGGGACAUUGGAGUAAAGUAAAUCGAUGAUUUAGUUACCCACCGCGGUAUUAUUGAUAUUUUAUAUUAGAGACAUGCUUUAUGAUAGUGGAGCUACAGAGGUAGCGCAUCCUAAUUAGGUUUAUUGUAAAAUAAAAUUAUUAUUAUUAUAGGUUAUUUUAUUUGAAUAAAACACAUUUUUCCAUCAAUUAAAUUAUAUCGUUUUAUUUUCAAAUCAAAACACAACCAGGCAAUAAUUUAGGUAUAUCGCAGGGAUCUUCGUGGGACUUGUGAUGAUCGACUUUCCUUAAACAUACAACAAUCGCAACCUAUUGGCACUAGUUCAUUCCAGGAGCCUUUACAUAUAAUACAAUAUUAUAAACCCUUAUAUCAUUGUUUACAUUAGCCCUAGCAAAAUCGCAAAUAAAUAAACAUGCAUGAAAGAAUAUAGAUACAACCACAACAAAGGUAAAACUUAUAACUAACUGAUAUUUAGUAAUGAACAUAGUGCUCCAUUCCAAAG